GAGUAACUGUCAACAAGAGACACUUAAUAUGUGUGUGUGUGAUGUUUUUCAUAACAUCAUACCACUGACGUUUCCCCUUGAAUAUGUGUCACUUGGGGAUCGUGAUCCAGGAGAACAUGGUUUUGGACUAGAUAAGAAACCAAGAGUGACCCAGCCAGAAGUCCUGGCUCCAUCGAACUUCCCUUGGAGGGAGCACAUGAGUGUCAAAAGGAAGAUCGUUGAGAUAGCAGCACAGCAAAACACAGUCUCCUGCAGAAGCCGUGGAGAAUGGUCAUCAUAAUGGCAAAGCUGUGGUUCUCUCUGAUGCUGUUAGGUCCCACUGCAGCCUUCAUAUUGACUGUGCCCAAAUCCUCAGUUUCCAUCCCAGCCAGAAGUACAGCCUGGCUCUCUGCCUUACUGAGUCGUCCAACUUCACUGCCACAUUAUUUCCAGAUACGAUGGUAUUUUGUCACUGGCUCCAAGUUGGUGCUGAUGCUCAAGGCUGAUAACUGCAAGGCAAAUGGGACAAACCAGCAUUGGAGGGACUCCUGUAAGAUCAGAAUUGAAAAGACAGAGGGAUACAAACAUCGAGCAGAAGUGUCUUCAGAUAAUGUUUCACUGAUGAUCCAGGAUGUAAGAGCUGAGGAUUCUGGGAUUUAUUCCAUCAUGCUUCUGGCUUUGGGUGUGAAGUUAUCGGCCAACAUCAACCUAAUAGUGACCAAUGCAGAAGAUAGCACUUCAAGCAAUCAGACUGAAAGUUGCACCAGGACUCCAUUGCUGACAUUUGUCUCAACAGGAGAGGAACAGGAAGAAGAAAAUGAUAAUGGUGGUGAUGCAGACACCCAUCUCUUCUCUGCAGCGGAUGUGGAAGUCUCUGUCUCAUCAGUGAAGGCAGCAAAUAUCAGAGACCAUACGGUGCCAAACAUCAUCCAACUAAGUUUAGCUGGUCUGAUCCUUCUCCUCCUUGGAGUGAUAAUAGUCGAGAAUAUUUCUUUUACUUAUUGCAUGAAUAAAAAGAUGUCAGUCAGAGAUGGAAGAGAGACAAUCUCAUCCCCAACUGGAAUGGAAUGCAGCCUUCCUCCUUUGCCACUCAAUCCCUCCAUGUUUGUGAAAAUGCCAGGGUCAGAUGAAUUCCAUUGCAUCAUUGGCCACUGAUCUUCCUGGUUUUUCAAAUAGACCACAUUGUAUUAUCAA